GAAGUACCUGGAGAUAUGAACCACUACCAUUUAUCUUGCGAAGGGACCGACUGACGAACAGCAGCACCGGCGCUCAUACCGCCGUCGGAGGAGAGAGUAGAUUGAUGCAGCUGAUAGAACGCAAAAAAAGAACCGAAAGUUUAAAAAAAAUUCUAUAUUUUGAUCUUCACAACCGUGUGUAUAAAACACGUGAGUUUCGGUGUAGUGGCCUGAUGUGACAGCGGAGCUCCGUUCAGUAAUUGAAAGACGUCACGCACACCGGCGACAGGGGCGAUGCGGUGGACCUAUAAGAAGAGCGUUACCACGGGAACAGUGUUCCUCCUCCUCGCCGUCCUUUACUUCAGUCUCCCUCUGGACCUCAGGAGCGCCUGGGUGGAGGAGUGGCAGGUCCGGACUUUCUCCAGCGAUGCAUCGUGGGUAGACAAGGGAGGGUACCUGCCGCUGAACGUCUCCUAUCAACUACUGGCAGGAACACCUCCUACUGAAAAGAAGUACCUGACCAUUGGGCUGUGCUCGGUGAGUCGUCCUAAAGGCAGCUAUCUGAUCUCCACCUUGUCCUCCAUCUUCUCCCGCUCCUCCCCGGCAGAGCUAAACUCCAUGUUGGUGGUGGUACUGCUGACAGACUUCAAUGCCCAAUGGAGAGCGACCACGCUGGGGGAGAUUACAGCUAACUUCCCCUCCCAGCUGAAGGCAGACCAGCUACUGGUGGUACAUGUCCCCAAGCAGUACUACCCACCAAUGACAGGCCUGAAAAGGAACUUUAACGACAAGGCUGACCGUGUGAGGUUCCGCUCCAAACAGAACGUUGACUACAGCUUCCUGCUUCAGUUCUGCACUGGGCGUAGCCUGCUCUACCUGCAGCUGGAGGACGACGUCUCCUGCUCGCAUCACUUCCUGUCCGCCAUCAGGAGGCGUGUCCAGCAAAUGGAAGUGCCCUGGGCCACGUUAGAGUUCUCAGCGCUGGGUUACAUUGGGAAGCUGUACCACUCAGAACACCUCCCCCUCCUCUCACGCUUCCUCUUCCUGUUCUACCAGGAAAUGCCCUGCGACUUCCUGUUCAGUCACUUCCGGGUGCUUUUGACGCAGAGCGAGGUGAUCCGCUUCACACCAUCACUGUUUCAACACACAGGCUCAUACUCGUCCUACCUGGGAACCUUCAACAAGCUGAAGGAUGACGACUACGAGGAUCUCUACACCAACCCUGCUGCAGACGUCUAUAGUGACAUACCAGUCUAUAUGGACCAUGUGCCGGCCAUGGCCUGGUCUCCUGGUACUGGAACCUUCUUCUGGGGGCGGAGUCCUUCUUCAGGGAACCACCUAACCGUCACCUUCAAACAUCCUGUUGUGGUUACCACCAUCACCGUGGUGACUGGUUCAGCAGAGGGUCGCGAUCGGUUGGCAUCUGCGACCGUAGAACUGGGUCUCCACCCGGUAACCGAGAAGACUGGGUCGGGGACAACGUGCCAAGAGUUCUAUAGCGUUGGGGAUCUGCAGGGAGGGAGGAUGGACAUGACGGACGUACACAAGAAGAGAUUUGGACACGCCUCUUCCUGUCUGAAGAUAAGAGUCACAGCCAAGCAGAAUGACUGGGUUAUCAUCAAGAAGAUCAGGAUUACUACAAAGGAGGACUGAACAGACACACACACUGAAUGUAGCUAAGGUGAUUUGGUCUGACCCUGUUGUAACGAGUCUAGCGACAGACCGGGGUUCAGAUCCCGCCAGUUACACACACACACACCCUGAACACACCCUGAACACACACACACACACUCUGAACACACGCACAAACCUUGUCUCUGGUUUUCAAGCUAAUUUAAAUCAGGACUGAGACUAGAACACUCAAUAAGUGGUCAGAUGACACGGAUGCUACGCUACAGGACUGUUUUGCUAAAGUGAUGCCUUGGAACUGGGAAACAGAUACCGGGUAGAACUGGGAAACAGAUCCCGGGUAGAACUGGGAAACAGAUCCCGGGUAGAACUGGGAAACAGAUCCCGGGUAGAACUGGGAAACAGAUCCCGGGUAGAACUGGGAAACAGAUCCCGGGUAGAACUGGGAAACAGAUCCCGGGUGGAACUGGGAAACAGAUACCGGGUAGAACUGGGAAACAGAUCCCGGCUAGCUCUACAACGAGACAGCCCUACAACGAAACAGCUCUACAACGAAACAGCUCUACAACGAAACAGCCCUACGACGAAACAGCCCUACGACGAGACAGCUCUACAACAAGACAGCUCUACAACGAAACAGCUCUACAACAAAACAGCCCUACAAUGAGACAGCCCUACAACGAAACAGCUCUACAACGAGACAGCCCUACAACGAGACAGCUCUACAACGAAACAGCCCUACAACGAAACAGCCCUACAACGAAACAGCCCUACAACGAAACAGCCCUACAACGAAACAGCUCUACAACGAGACAGCCCUACAACGAAACAGCCCUACAACGAAACAGCCCUACAACGAGACAGCCCUACAACGAGACAGCCCUACAACGAAACAGCCCUACAACGAAACAGCCCUACAACGAAACAGCCCUACAACGAAACAGCCCUACAACGAAACAGCCCUACAACGAGACAGCCCUACAACGAGACAGCCCUACAACGAAACAGCCCUACAACGAAACAGCCCUACAACGAGACAGCUCUACAACGAAACAGCCCUACAACGAAACAGCCCUACAACGAAACAGCCCUACAACGAAACAGCUCUACAACGAAACAGCCCUACAACGAGACAGCCCUACAACGAAACAGCCCUACAACGAGACACAAACAACUUUCUAGGAGGAAGAUAACUCAAGAGAGACGCAACUUAAAAACAUUUACCGAGCAGCAGUCCAUGUCGGGUCAAAUAAUAUUAAAAUACAGCAAUCUUGAGCAACUUAAAACAGGACUUUAAAUCACUGAUUCAUACUCUACUUCCAUCAGGUAAACAAUGCAUUAAUUCACGUCCACUCCCGUCACCAGGCUCUACGGAUAAUCAUUUCAGUCGUAUACGCCAGCUACACAUCUGGUUUAAAGGUUAUCGUUGUAAGAUAAGCAUACAAUAUGUGGACAAUUUUACAGCUUUUCUACAUCGACCAAAUGUAUUUCUCCGAGAUGGACUACAUCUGAAUAGGUAUGGUACAAGCAUUCUCUCCUCAAACCCGGCUCUCACUAUCACCUCUGACUGGAGAAGUGACAAUAUAUAGUCAUGGUGGUCGAUACCCCAUCAGACUAUACUCACUGCUCCCCUCCCAGCUUUAAAUAUCUCUACAGGUGCUGAUGAAACUUUUGAUGGACUUUAUGUUAUUGUUACUGUCAAGGUACUGUGUUUCCACUUCCUCGUACAGGCAGAGGGGUAUUGUUAGACGCGAUCCCGUCUCCAUCCUCCUCAGGCCUGUCAGCAGCUACACCAGGAAGCAUCAUUCAUUUAAUAUUACCUUGAAUGUUCCAUCUGUUAUGAGCUCUCGAAACAGUGCCUGUCCACUCUGCCUGUCCUGACCCUGUACCUGACUGUCCACUCUGCCUGUCCUGACCCUGUACCCUCCUGACCACUCUGCCUGUCCUGACCCUGUACCUGACUGACCACUCUGCCUGACCACUCUGCCUGUACACUCUGCCUGUCCUGACCCUGUACCUGACUGUCCACUCUGCCUGUCCUGACCCUGUACCCUCCCUCCUGACCACUCUGCCUGUCCUGACCCUGUACCCUCCUGACCACUCUGCCUGUCCUGACCCUGUACCCUCCUGACCACUCUGCCUGUCCUGACCCUGUACCCUCCUGACCACUCUGCCUGACCACUCUGCCUGACCACUCUGCCUGUCCUGACCCUGUACCCUCCUGACCACUCUGCCUGACCACUCUGCCUGACCACUCUGCCUGACCACUCUGCCUGUCCUGACCCUGUACCCUCCUGACCACUCUGCCUGUCCUGACCCUGUACCCUCCUGACCACUCUGCCUGUCCUGACCCUGUACCCUCCUGACCACUCUGCCUGUCCUGACCCUGUACCUGACUGACCACUCUGCCUGACCACUCUGCCUGACCACUCUGCCUGUACACUCUGCCUGUCCUGACCCUGUACCUGACUGUCCACUCUGCCUGUCCUGACCCUGUACCCUCCUGACCACUCUGCCUGUCCUGACCCUGUACCCUCCUGACCACUCUGCCUGACCACUCUUUCUGACCACUCUGCCUGACCUGACUCUGAGCCUGCCUGCCGUCCUGUACCUUUGCUCCUACUCAGGAUUAUCGACCACUGCCUGCCUUGACCUGUCGUUUGCCUGCCUCUGUUACAAUAAACAUUGUUACUUUA